AUGUUGCUCUAUUCAGGAUCGAGGCGCUCCAAGAAAGCCUCUAAAGACGGCGGCAAUAAGGCUUCUACAGCUUCAGUUGCCUCCGGGAAGUCCCACUCUACUUCAAAAACCUCGCGAUCCUCCGGAGACGCCGCCAAGAAAAAGAGCACCUCCGAGCAGUCCGCCGGGUCAAAGAACAACGUCCCAAGUUCCAAAAAGGCGCAGGAUACACAGGCGACGAGAAACCCUACUUUCAAGGCAGCGGAACCGGAGAAGAACAUGCCUAAUGUAUUCGAGUACCUUGAAUCAGGUUCCAACACUGACUCCGACGAUUCCUACGUCGAGGAUGAUGACGUCCUAAACCACAACCUCAGCGGUUCGUUCAGGAAUCCACAUGUUAGACUUGCACGCCAGGCGAAUAUGACAGCGCAGGGUAUGGGCGCUCCGAGCCGGACAUCAUCUAUACGAUCAAAGGGCUCAAUGGAUUCCUACCAAAUCCCUGGUAUGCUUGAACUAUCUACUAGAAACGGCUCGGCUCGGCGCAAAAUGUCCAUGGAGGGUUAUCUGACAGAGGAGUCGAACGGCUCCGACAAGCGGAAAUUGCGUCUGAGCCCAAUGCCAGAAUCCUACGAGCCCUCUCACGAUCCCACAGCGUUCCAUCCUCCAUUCCCCCCGUCCCCGCCACAAAGCCCUGAGGAGGAUCUUCACCAUAUCAAUAGGAAGUCAAGGCGAAAGAAGAAAUCCUCAUCCAUUCCUUCCGGUUAUGGACGCCUCAGCUGGCAGUUGAGCUCAUCUGUCGAAAAGGAGGAGCCAUCGCUUCCCCCGCUUUACCGACGAUUUGAAGAUAUAAACCACCGCGUACUCCUCUAUCUCCAGGACGAAAUCGCACAGAUGGAAGAGGAACUGCACGUAUUAGAUGAAUACGAAGAAAUGCAUCGCGUAGCAACUGCGGAACAAGAAGGCACAAACAUCGUGCCCGCUUCAAGACGCAUGGAUGCCCAAGCGCAGGUAUAUUCAUCCCUGCAUUACCGACGGGAGGAGGUGAUGGCAGCCUUAGUACAAAAGACCCAGCAAUACAAUAACGCCCUCAGUGCAUAUAGCAAAGUCACUCAGGCCCUCCCCAGCGCGUCCGAUAAAGACAUCGACACGUAUCGCGCCUGGAUGAAGGAAAAUGCUCCCGUCGCAGUGGCCGAGACCCGUUUCCUAGAACACAACAAAGACCUCAUCUCUCUUACUACACGAUCGACAUCCAACGCUCCCUCUGCCUUCUCGGCGAUCAUCAUUGCUUCAGCAGCUAUCCUCCUUCCCCUACUAGCCUUUAGCAUGAUCGCUGAAUUCUCAGGACGUCUUCUUGUCGUCGCGAUGGUGGGCGGCGCGGCAUCUGCGAUUGCGUCCAAUUCUGCAGCUGGUGCCGAGAGAUUCGUUGCUUCUCACGAUGGGUGGAGAAUUGCUACAUUAUAUUUCGGAUUCAUGACGAUAGCCGCUAUGUUUAUUCCUUGAUUAGCCGAUCACGAAAGCAUGGGGACUGGUAACAUAAUGAUUUACGAAUUUCCUUAGCAGUGAUGAAUUUAUGCCUUCUAUUACUCAUGUUGGCCAAGUACUAUUAUCUGUGUGGCAGGGGGACUGGCCAAAGGGUGGCGUUUAGGAUACUGGUUCCGAUGGCAGAAAGCCUAGGGUUUAUAAGGGCUCUCCGCUUCU